UUUGUCUCUGUUUCAUCAUCUCGCAUGACGCCGAUAUCAGAAGCAACGGAGGCGAGGGAAGGAAACCUCCGACUCUUCGAUCUGCCGUAAUCAUCAUCUCCACCGGCGAGGGUCACGAUUAGCGACUCUGGUUGAGCAAAUCGGCGUUUUCCUGAAUCAGUAAUGGACGAAGGAAGGAUGCCCAAAGGACUUGCAGUUGUUGGAGGAGAUUAUUGAUUAAGGCUUAAAACAGAAGCUUGUACAUGCAACUGCUUCACGGGACAAUAUCUUUGAAGAACAAAAAAGUACAGGAAUUGCUUUCUGAUUUCCUUUACUCCUUAUGUGAGUGUCUGCUUGAGUUCAGGUGGAUAUAGGACUCGGCUUUUAUGUCGGCAAGAAGCUCUUGACCAUAUUUCACAAAGGGAGGAAAGAAUUAAAAAACAACUAGUAAUUACGCAGAUCAAAGGUCGCAUCAAACUGGAACUUCUUGCAGCUAGUCUUCUCUGGAGACAACAGUGGGAGAGUUCUCAAGUAUGAUCCAAUAGCUAAGAAAGCUCUUGUUCUAGUUUCAAAUGUUCAGUUUCCAAAUGGUGUGUCUAUCAGCAAAGACGGUUCUUUCUUUCUAUUCUGCCAAGGAGAUGUUGGAAGGUGAGUGAUUGUAGCAGUAGUAGUUCUGCUUCCAGUUGCGACCAAUGAGUGUGUGUCAAGUAUUCUUCUUUUUACUCAUACACAAGUUUUUUGAAAUUUAAAUUUUUAGAUCUUCAACUAAGUGUUUCCAUUGGACUAGAAGUUAAAGAAAGAAAACAAUCUCAAAAUAAGAUGGGCCAGAUCUGUAUCUUUAGGCCUAGUUUAACACCCAAUAAAUUCAAUCUGACCCUACAAGCCCACCCAAGUCUCGUUUUUCGGUUCUUUUGCCAUCGCUUCGAGAAGUUUCUAUAAGUGAUCAAUUAAUAGUUCUAACCCUAGAAAAUGUUGAGAGCUUCCAGAAGUUUCUAUAAGUGACGCUGAGCACUCAACAAGUGUCAAGGCUCUCUCUUCUCAGUUCCUCCUCCUUCUCCGUCUCGUCUCGCCUCGUCGUCUCUCUUUGCCUCUUAAGAAUGGAUAGAAGAAUGGAUUUUGCUGCAUCAGCUUUGGCUAUGAUGACUAAUUGGAGACAGAAUAAUCCUCCUUCUUCUUCUUUCCCUCAGAGGGGUUCAAGUGUACCAGAUGUUGCAGUUUUGAGGAGUUGGAGAGAUCAUCUUCCUCCUUCUGCUUCUGUUUUCAAGCUUUCUCAGCUUACUACUGUCAACAACAGAAACGAAUCCUCUGUUUUCUCGUCUGGUGGAUACAGUUGGAGGUUGGUUGUAUACCCAAGAGGAAAUGAAGAAGAAAAUGGAAAAGGAUUUGUGUCAAUGUAUGUGGAACUUGACAAGAGCUGCCUCUCAUCCAUAUCAGCACCACCCACGGAGGUCUCUGCUUAUCUCUCUUUCUUUGUCUUUAACAAGAAAGAGAACAAGUACUUUUCAGUUCAAGAUGUGGAAGUAAAGAAAUUCAGUUCUUCAAGAACGGUCUGGGGAGUUUCUCAAGUUCUUCCAGUUGAGGCUUUCAGUGACCCUGCCAAUGGAUACAUCUUGGAGGGAGAAGAACAUGAGUUUGGUGCUCAUGUGAAGAUUGCUCCAUCACCUGUCGCUGCUGCUGAAAACCUCCCUUUUCACAAAUUCUCUUGGAGUGUUAGGGAUUUCUCUCUUCUGAAACAGAGUGAUUACGUCUCAAAAACCUUCCAAAUGGGAGAAAAAAAGUGGACUCUAACCGUGUAUCCGAAGGGAGACUCUAGAGCAGAGGGCAAAUUAUCCAGCUAUGUGCAUUUAGCUGAAGGGGAAAACUUACUGACGGGUGAGCUGAUAUUUGUGCGAGCAAAAGUGCAGGUUCUAGACCCGCGUGGAUCCAAUCACCUAUCAAUGUGGCUUAAAAGUUGGGUCAUGACCUCGAGCACAGGGGUGGGUCUUCCUCAGUCCAUGCCUUUAGCUAAAAUUCAGGAGGGUUACUUGGACCAUGAAGAUACUUUGAAUGUAGAGAUGGAAUGCGAAGUUGUUAACACCAUCAAAGACCACCCCUUUUUUUAGGGUUCUGUUUAGCUACCUCUCUCCGUCUGUAUGACUUACCUAAUCUGUUUUAAUCUGUUUUAUGCGUAGAGAGAUAACGCUCUAUCUAUAUUUAGGUUAAUCUAAUUAUCUACCAUGCAUGUAUGACUAGGUUUCGAAGUAUGACUACUCUGUUUUAAUUAUGCGUUUAUUUAUGACCUUAUUGUAGUA